CAGACAGCAUUUUGCGGAAGAAAAUCGGCAGAAAUGUGCCGAGGCGGCCAAACCUCUUGUAGAUGCAGUGGAUGAAUUGACAUCAUUUGCUUCUUAACCAGAAUUUGCAUCAAAACAGGCAAAGAUCAGUCCUAAGGUUAACAGGCACAUAUCUGUCCUAAAGGUAAACAGGCAAAGAUCAGUCCCUAGGUAAACAGGCAAAGAUCAGUCCCGAGGUAAACAGGCAAAGAUCAGUCCCAAUGUAAACAGGCAAAGAUCAGUCCCAAGGUAAACAGGCAAAGAUCAGUUCCAAUGUAAACAGGCAAAGAUCAGUCCAAAGGUAAACAAGCAAAGAUCAGUUCCAAGGCUUCCACAACACAAGAGAAUAUAACGACUGCUGAUGAUGACAUGAAAGAUUUUGUCUGGGAUCUGUUACAGAUAUUGGAGGAAUCUGUGUCCCAGGCUGGAGAAGUGACCACCAUGAUUGCAAGUCUAUAACCAAGACUGACGAAAGAAUAGAAUUGAAACAAGGUCUUGGAUUUGUUGACUACCGGACCAGCAUGGUGAAACUGGCAAAGAAUAUUGCAAGAACUGCACAGGAUAUGAUGAGUGUGUUAACAUUGUCGGCAAAUCUGGAACAAUGUUGAGAACCUUGGACUACUGGCCAAUCAGCUGACCAUGGACUUUGAUCUGCUAGCCAGUGACUCAAGAGUGUAGCGGCGUCUGCACAAAAUGCAGAGGUAUGUAUUGCAAGUAGAAUCAGAGUGAAUAUACAAGAUCUGGGUAAAAGUUGUAUAGAGCCUGUACAGGACCUUGGAAACUUACAGGCCAACCCAAGUGACUCGUACACUAAACAAGAUAUUUCCCAGCAUGCACGCAUUGUUACUGAAAAAAAGCAUUUGAGGAAGUCACAGGUUAGAGAAAGCUCAGCAAACCCAGAAGUUGGGUCAAAUCCGAGCCACUGGACCAGUAAAUGGAACUUUCUUUUAAAGAAUUUCAACUGUUCAAUGAAUUUGGACAACACAAUUUAGCAAGGAAGCACAGGUAGCCAGACUUGUAGAAAAUGGCAGAAAAAUUAAACCACAUGAAUAUGGAGACUGAACUGAGUACAGCUAAGUCAGUGUUAUACAGUGGAUCAAACACAAAACACACGUUAGGUUUGACAGAGAAACUCUCGGACACCUCUGAUAUGCAGAAGUUGAAUGCAGUGUGUUCUGACCCUGCGGCAAAGAACAGAAACACACCAACCUCACUAGACAAGCAGGCGACUUCAAAAACGGGAAUGCCCCGAGAGAUAUCGGAUGAUGCUUUAGAUAUGGAGGAAGAAUACCUAGCCAAUAAGAUGGGAAGAGAUAUUGUGGAUGAUUUAUGUGUUGAUGCUGGUGCUGGUGGACUGGUACAUGUGACAGAAGACAACCUCAGAAAUCAAGCUGCAAGCCAAAGUAAAACAUUCGCAAAAGCAUCUGCAAAUUUCAAGACUUUUAAUAACCUAGAAAACACUACAAAAGCUUUGGAUGGAAUUCAGUUUCCUUGUUCAUCUAAAAGUGAGAAAAGUACAGUAUCAGAGACUGUAUCAGACUUCACUGCAGCUACAGUUAGUCUUAAACAAAGUAAUAAGAAAGUCCUAGUGCCAAGAAACAAUGAAAACCAUCACAGUUUACCAGUAAAGAGUGCACCUGUGAAAGGCUGUUAUCCAAAUGAGAUGGGUAUUUUCAAAGGUUUUUCACUAAAAGAAUACCUUGAGCAUAAUUUUGCAUUAUCUGGUGAAAAGUUUGAACCUGUUCUGAAUGUAGGCAAUGCUUAUCCAGGUAUUUCAAGUGGUAUUAAAUUAUCACAUUUGAAACGUGCAACAGAACGUCUGGGAAUUACUUGGGAAAAACACAAUGGGGUAUUAAUACCUGUAAGUACAGAAGAGAGUUUAGUUGGAGAAGAAUCAUUUGUCUCAAAUACACAUUGGUUUGGAGGGCCAGACAUAAAUGGUGAAGGGGUAGGGACUGGUCCAGAGUUACCAAGUAACUCUAACCAGACUAGUACUAGAUCACAUUUUAGUCCGACAGAGACUAAAUUUAAUGUACCAUCUGUUGUAACAGAAAUCUCUUCCCAAAGUAUAGUGAAUCCUCUUUCCCACAGUCAAGGCAGCCCAGAAAACCUACCUUCACAGGGACCAGUAAACCCUUUGUCCCAAACAGCAAAAGAUUUGACACCCAAAGUCCAGGCAGCUGGUAACCUGUUGUCCCAAACUUCACAAGAUGUAAUACCCCAAGCAGUAGAAAACAUCUUGAUUCAGACAAAUGGUAACCUGUUACCCCAACCAACACAAAAUUUUCCUCACCAUACAGCAGAGAAUUUCCAUCCCCAAGCAGCAGAGCAAUUACCAUUAUGGACAGCACAAAAUCUAACAUCCAAAGAAACAGAUAAUCAUUUGUACCAAGAAUUGCAAUACCAUUUAUCCAGAAUAAAACAAAAUUUACAGCCUCAAUCAGAAGGAAACGCUCAGACCCAGACAGCAACACAUUUCCAACAGGAAGCAGGUACAUUUUACACUGGAUCAGGUAACUCAAUGUCUGUUUGUAGUGAAACAUUACUGUCAGCGAACAGAAUUGUAUCAAAUAUAAACACUGGCACAAAUGCUACACUAAGGCCUGACCCACUAGACAAGUUUUUCUAUACUUGCCAUCCAAAAAUCAGACAUGCCCUGCAUAAUAUGGUUUGUCCUUCCAAAGAUAAAGGUCAGCAAGAAUUGAGAGUGUGUAAGACUUGUUCUUGUCCAAGGUAUCAUCCAUACCAGAAAACAAGGGAAGAUGAAGCUCGGGGUCCUUAUCAGACUUCUUUGCCUCUAACUUUGACAGAUCCUUAAUAUACUUUGAAAAUAUACUCUCAAACUUGGGUAAAAAGGACAGUACUUGUUUCAAGUUGAUUUGUAGCUAUACAUGAAAAACUCUUCAAAAGAACUUGCAUAAUCACAAAGGUUUGGGAAAAUGAUUUGAUUUUAAAGAGAAUCAUUGAUGUAACAAAAGCUUUAUUGGUCACAGUUGAUUUGUCGGUUGAAUUCAUUUUAUGCAAGGAAAAAUGAUUUUGUGCCUUUGAUAAAAGUUAACAGUUAAAAAUUGUAAAUAGAUCUUUGAAUAGUGCUUACAGAUAUCCUGGUGUGGGCUUUUGAAUCCUCAUUUUAGUAAAAUCCUUAAGAAAAAUUGUGACUGGUCUUUAACAAUGAUGCGUACAUGUAUAUAGAUUUACAUUAAAAGGACUGUUGUUGAUGAAUUUUUUAAAUAAUCUUGAAACUAUGGUGUUUUAAAGAAAUGUGCUUGACAUUUCCACAAGGACUAUUACAACAACAAAAUAGUAUAGACAUUACCUGAGACUGUUUUAGUUAAGGCCAACUCCAUAAAGAGACUCACUCAUAAUAGUGAAAGUUUGUUAUUAUAGUAUUUCAUGAGUAUAAGCUUCGCAGUUUUCUGAUAUUUUGAUUUUUUCAAAGUGUCUCUUUCAAGAGAAAUACUGGGAAUCAUCAGUGAUAUAUAAUCCAUAUCUGUCACACAGUGUAUUGUGUAUUACUUUCUAAGUUUUGUCAUAAUAAAAAAGAUGAAAAUUGUAUCUUUUUUAUAUAUUUCAUUAUUCAAUUCAUAUAUUCAAAGAGAAUUUGGUGCGUUUUUGCUGCAGAUAGUAAAAUAAAAUGGAACUUUAUGCCAUAUACACCAGAUGUACAUUGUCAUUUUUGUUUACAUAUGUUUUCCCUGUGUUGAGAAUGAAAGCUGCAAAAGGCUCAUUUGACCUUAAGUCUGCUGGCGGUAAGUGAUUCUGCCUUUGCAACAGCGUAAAUCAUGAUCAGCCUGCAGUUUGAUAAAGAUUUGCACUGUUUGCUUUUCAGUCAGUAUCAUUUUGGUAAGCACCCCUUUCAACAGUUAAUGGUAAUGUCCAAAUUUAAAGAUAGACAAGUUUAUUAUAGAAAUUUAGCAGAGUAAGAGUGAAAAUAAAUAAGCAUAAAAUAAACAGAAAUGUUGUAUAUUUUUUGCGAAUAUAGAAUAUAUUUCACCUCAUGGAUAUAUAAAGUUUGUCUCACUUCUGGGUGAGAUAUAUUUAGUAUUCAACAAAAAAAAAUUAAUAUCCUGUAUAUAGCAGAUUCUGUGUAAACAAAGAUGAUACUUUUUUCACUGAAUCUGUUUUACUGAAAAUGAGCAGCUUUUAGUGAAAGGACUUUAAACAUUCUAAAUUAUGUUUCAUUUUGAAUUAUUUCACAUGUUUCAAGAUUAUAUGUUACCAGUUUUGGAGUAUCUAACUCCCUAUUAUGACAUCUCAUUAAUUAUCUUUAUUAGAUGAAAUAUGAUUUCAAAUGUCUGGGUGAUACAUUACAGAGUUUCCAGUUCUUUCACUGGCUUGUAAAAUGACUGUCAUGCUGUAAAUAAGGAACUACAUCUGUAUUGUACAUUUGUGCAGUUACAAUUCGAGUCUGUUAACAGUUACCUUAAAGCAGGAUAUUUUUUCUGCAUAUACGGCAUGAAAGAAUCUGAUAAACCCUCAAGGAAUCCUUGCCUUUCGUUAUUUUCAUUUUUUCUUUUUGACACCAUUGUGAGAAAAAUAUCGUCCAUAAAUUGUGAUUAAUAUUACUGAAAUGUUUAUUGUUUGGUUGAUUUAAACAAAAUUCAGUGAUUAAGAGACUUAAUUAUGGCUUUAUAAAUGUACUGUGGGCAAUAUCAGUGUACUAAUGGAUCUGCCCGCAGACCAAUAACAAGGACAUUGUGAAAUCUAUUAACAUUAUAUUAUUGAACCAUUGUAAACUAGAUAUCAUUUUACCAACUACAGUUAUAGUUAUAUUACCAUUAGAGGAUAGUUCCUUCAGUGAGCUAGGCAAAGUCCCUUAGUUUGUACAUUGUUGUGAUAGAACGGUACAAAGCUGUAUCAUAUAUGUAUAUAUGGAAAAAAACAACUUAAGGGACAUGAUAUUUACUCUUACAAUAAAUAAUGUGAGAAGAAUAUACAAUUUUGUUGAUAUGUAUCCAUAAAAGCUGUAAAUGUGUGGGUUUUGGUGUGCUUUAUUAAAUGUACAUGCUUAUCAGCUAAAGAAGUUUAUCUUAAUAAAUCAUUUUCUAGCCUA